UAAAAUAAUACAACUAAAUACUGGCAGCCAUAAUUCAUACAAUGUUGCUAAAUUCAUCUUUUGUUUCACUUCCUACUUUCUUCAAACCUCAACAACUACAAAGAACUAAUCUUCCUAGUUCAAAUGGCUCUCUCCUUCGAUGUUAUGCUACUAGUUCAAAUAUUUCUCAAAGAAAAUCUGCCAAUUACAAACCCAAUAUUUGGAAUCACGAUACUUUAUUAUCCUUAAAGCACAGUUAUGCGGAUGUCAAGUACGUGAAUAGGAGCAGGAGUUUGCAAGAGGAAGUAAGAAGAAUGAUUAAUGAAGAAAAUGAAGAAAUCUUAGAGUUAAUAGAAAAUGUGAAACGCUUAGGCCUCAGCUACCACUUUGAAAAGGAGAUAAAAGAAGCACUUGAUAGAUUCUUGUCUUUGGAAAAAUACAGUGAUACGGUUAUUGAAAAAGAUCUGCAUGAAACUGCUUUAAAAUUCAAACUCCUCAGAGAAUAUGGAUAUGAUGUUUCUCCAGAUAUUUUUGAGAGGUUUAAGGACCAAAGUGGAAAUUUUAAGACAUGCCUUGUCAAAGAUAUUAAAGGAAUGUUGAGCCUCUACGACGCAUCAUUUUUGUCUUAUGAAGGAGAACUAAUUUUAGAUGAAGCAAAUUCCUUCUCGAGCUUCCACCUCAAACAAGGACUUCAUGAUGAUAUAAGUGAUUUUCUUAUUGAACAAGUGAAUCAUUCAUUGGAACUUCCACUGCAUCGUAGAUUUCAAAGACUUGAAGCUAGAUGGUAUAUUGAGUUAUAUGGAAAAACAAAGGAUGCUAAUAACGUGUUGCUUGAAGCUGCCAAGUUGGAUUUCAACAUUGUGCAAUCAAAUCUACAACUAGAUCUUAUAGAAAUGUCAACGUGGUGGAAGGGAAUGGGACUAUCUCCAAGGUUAAGAUUUGGUCGCGACAGGCUAAUGGAAUGCUUUUUUUGGGCUGCUGGAAUGGCACCAUUGGAGCCCAAAUUCAGUGACCUCCGUAAAGGAUUAACUAAAGUAUGCUCUUUAAUAACUUUAAUCGAUGACAUAUAUGAUGUUUAUGGCACUUUGGAUGAAUUAGAGCUUUUCACAACAGCAGUAGAAAGUUGGGAUAUUAAUGCAGUUAAAACUCUUCCAAAGUACAUGAAGAUAUUCUUUUUAGCACUCUACAACACUAUCAAUGGAUUAGCAUAUGAUGCAUUUAAAGAAAAUGGAUAUGACAUCCUUCCCUACCUCGUCAAAGCGUGGUCUAAUAUGUUGAAAGCAUUCCUACAAGAAGCAAGAUGGUGUGAUGAUGAACAUAUGCCAAAAUUUGAUGAAUACCUCAACAACGCAUGGAUGUCUGUAUCUGGUGUUGUUUUACUAACCCAUACCUAUUUUCUACUAAAUCAUACCAUAACGAAGGAAGGGCUUGAACACUUGGAAAAUUGCCACUUGUUAUUUCAGAGACCCUGCAUUAUUUUUCGACUUUGCAAUGAUUUAGCUACUUCAUCGGCGGAGUUACAAAGAGGUGAAGCAACUAAUUCAAGUAUGUGCUACAUGAAGGAAUAUGGUGUUAAUGAGAUGGUUGCUCACAAAUACAUCCAUAAUUUUCUUAAUGAAACUUGGAAGAAGAUGAACAAAGAUCGAGUUACAUAUUCAACUCUCCCAAAAUAUUUUCUAGAAACAUUAACUAACCUUGCUAGAAUUUCUCAUUGCACGUAUCAAUAUGGAGAUGGGCAUGGAGCUCUUGAUACCAUUUCACAAAAUCGACUAAAGGCAUUAAUACUUGAACCCAUUAAUUAAAUUUUCAGAGUGAAUGUAACUAGUUUUGUCAUUAUCAAUUAAUAAAUGAAUAGACAUACACUUGUGAGAAUAUAUUAGUUAUCCAAACCUAUAUGUUAGACUCUAGUUCUCAUUUGUUUGUCAUGUGUAAGGUAACCUCGAUGUUUUGGUAUAUGAUUUUUAGAUGGUUAGGUUGAUAUUUUUGUUGAACAAGUGACUUCAAGCACAAGAGGAGGGUUGAAUUGUGGUAUUUAAAAUUCA